CUCUCAGUCCUCUCAGUCCUCUCAGUCCUCUCAGUCCUCUCAGUCCUCUCAGUCCUCUCAGUCCUCUAAGUCCUCUCAGUCCUCGCCCAAUCUUCGCAUUGUCUUUUCUCCCCUCAAACAAGCAACUACCAAACCAUUCCAAAAUUAAUAUAUCUUCACCAUUCAUUUCAUUUGCCCCCCAAAAGGAAAACUGCUGCAGUACUAUCCGCUCAUUAAUGUAAAAUCGGGUUCUUCCUCCGGCUUGAAUAACUACUUUACUUGAAUUUACUUUAUUUUACUUUACUUUACUUUACUUCACCCUACUUCAUUACCUACCCGUACCUACUACCUAGUACCUAGCACUUAUAUUGUAGUACCUCGCUCAUCAAGUUGUACCACGAUUCUAUCCUAUACCAUUCUACUACGUAACUUCUUUCUCAGAAACACAACAGCCUUCACAACCUCCUCGUCCUCCUCCGCCUCCUCCUUCUUCUUCUUCGAAAAAGGUACACCCAUUCAGCCGCUCGACUUUACUCACGUCACAAUAUUCCAUUACGAAUUCCAAUUGAUUUUCUAUUUUUGAAUCGGCUCCCUCUCCCAUCUACACCGCCGACGUUUUUCUCCAAAAAUCAUCCUACCUACCUACCUACCUACCUACCGACCGACCUUCAUAUCCAGUAUUUACUACUUGCCCAAGUGUCCUUCGAUAUCUUUCUUAACGCGAAACAAACAACUCAGUCCUUAUCGAAUCACACGAGCAGGACUCAUUCAAUACACAUACUUGAUGAUCUAGACUUUCUCUUAUUCAGAUAUAAGAUAAAUCACAAUUUGGAAUAAUCGAGGUUCAAAAAGGGGAAAAAAAGGGAAAAAAAAGGAAAAAAAAAGGUCGCGAGAUUAACAUUUUUUGGCUUCUUCUUAAUUCAAUCGAUGGUUAUUGUUUCAUGUUCUGCAGGCUGAAUGUUCCUUGAACUUUGAGUCGCCAACACAUGCGGAGGUCAAUUGAGUGGAACCCUUGCUACUCGACAACGUCAGAAUUUCAAGCAACUCUCCAUAGAGAAGAUACGAACCAUACGAGCUUCAAUCAAUCUGCAAGGCCGAAGACGAAUUUAACUAUCAUCAACGAUUCCAUUUCAAUUAUUCGCCCUGGCCACUGCGACUCGAAGUACUCGGCUUAAGCAUUACUUCCAAAUUAAAAUAUAAUAGGGGGCUCGAACAAGGUCUGGAGAUAGUUGUGGAUAAUAAACGUUGAUCAUCAAAUAAUGGGUCCUCAAUCAGAGGCAGGCCCCUAUGCCGAAGGCGAAAAUUAUGAUCCUUCACAUUCCGAUGAUGGGGGAAGACUUACAACUGAGAGGGAUAUCACAAUGCGAGAUCAACAUCUUCCGAGGCCUAAUGGCCCAGAUAGGAUGAAUGCGUCUCCGGCAAACAGUGUGAGUGGCAGAGAAGGUCCUUUGAGAGAGGGGAGUCGCAGACCAAGCAAUGAGCGCACACAAUCACGAACGCGAACUGGGAGGACUGGCAGCGGAUCUUUGAGAUUGUGCAAGAAGUGCGGUGAACCUUUGACAGGUCAAUUCGUACGUGCGCUUGGAGGUACAUUCCAUUUGGAUUGUUUUAGAUGUCGAGAUUGCGGUCAAAUAGUCGCAUCAAAGUUCUUUCCGGUGGACGAAGAAAAUGGCGAAGGACAAUACCCCCUAUGCGAGACUGAUUACUUCCGACGUUUAGAUUUAAUCUGCCACCAAUGUAAUGGGGCACUACGAGGAUCCUAUAUCACUGCCCUCGAGCGCAAAUACCAUAUCGACCAUUUCACUUGUUCAGUAUGUCCAACAGUGUUCGGCGCACAAGAUAGUUACUACGAGCACGAUGGACAAGUUUACUGCCACUACCACUAUUCGACACGAUUCGCGCAACGAUGUAAUGGAUGCCAAACAGCAAUCUUGAAACAAUUCGUCGAGAUAUUUCGAAAUGGUCAAAAUCAACAUUGGCACCCUGAAUGUUAUAUGAUCCAUAAAUUCUGGAAUGUGAGGUUGGCUUCCCCGCAAGAUGUACAAGAAAUUCAAGAGGAAUCUGAAGAUGCGACGAACGAGGAAGGUCGAAAUAAUGUGCGAUUAGAAGAGGAGAGAAUGGAAGAAAAGGUCUACAAAAUUUGGAGUGUACUGUCGACAUUCGAAGAGUCCUCCGCGGCUUGUAUAUCCGAUAUGCUUCUACAUGUUAGUAACGGUGCAUAUAUGGAUGGUGUAAUGGUGGCAAAGAAGUUCAUAUGGCACGUGGAUAUCCUUUUUUGUUCUGCAGAUAAAUUGGAUGGCAUAAUGAUGAGGGAUGGCUCAAAGGGGCUAUCAUAUUCGCGCGAAGCAAAGUUGUUAUGCAAGAAAAUCGUAGCAUUCUUCUCACUUCUGUCCAAAACUCAGGAGACGGGAGUUCGAAAACUUGGCGUCACGCAGGAACUUCUUGCCUUGGUUACUGGUUUGGCCCACUACCUGAAACUAUUGAUUCGUAUCUGUCUUCAAGGCGCAUUAAAGGUCGAACGAGAUCAAAAAGAUCCAGAAGGCCUUCACCAAUUCCUCGAUGACUUGGGUGAUAUGGAUGCAAUCAAGAAUGAUGACAGAUCGUUAGAAGCUACCACCGGAACACCUGGACUUUCAGCUCCAAAUUCGGAUUCAUGCAUUAAAUGUCAAAAGCCAAUCGAGGAUGAAUGUGCUCGCUUCGAAGAAAGGAGAUGUCAUUUAACAUGCCUGCAAUGCUCUAAUUGUGAGCGAGAUCUUUCUCAGAUCCUCGAGGACAUCAGGUUUGAUGAUGUAGAACAACGGGUAUACUGUUGUAAUUGUCAAAGUCAGUCGUCAGACGUGGUAUCAGGAUUCGUGCGAGUGACGAGGUUGCAACAAUAUGUAUUCCUUCUAAGAGUUGCUUUAGCUCGAUUGCUCGAAAUAUUACGUACCAAGGGUACUCUGCCACAUACUUCGGAUGACCCCAACCUUAAUGGCUACAAUUCGAGUGAGGGUCAUAAAGUACCCUCGGAUGACGACCCUCCGAUGUUGAGGUCUGAAGCUCGUUCAAAAUCAUUCGGUGGUCCAGUUGAUGAAAACCCACGCGAAUCAUCCUACGAAAACACCUUGAAUGACGUAAGGCGACUACGAAGUACUCGAAUGGACAAACAUCUGUCUUCUACCAUCAAAAAAGCGAGAACGUCGCGGAUAAUGGAUGGUGUCGACAAUAGGAGGCCAGGUUCUGCAGGUGCUGAUGGGUCACAUUCGAGAAACAAUGAAUUCCAAAUAGUGGAAGACCGUGAUGGUAACGGCGAAUCGAGAACGGAAUUAUUGUUCGGUCAUCAAGACGCUCUUACCCUGGAUGAUAUUCCUAGAAUUGUGGCUGCUGAGCAAGCAAAGGAACAAAGACCAAAUGCAUAUAAGCAUGCCCGUCAUGAGCUUUUCCGAACAUCUAUCACUGAACCUAAACUCAUCAACGGUCAUCAAAGGACUUUCUCUGCUGGUAAUGACCUUGAUGCACAAACACAACGUCAACAACAGAGAGGUGCUGGGAAGAAAUAUUUCUCGGAAUUAUCCGCGUUGGAAUAUUUUAUCGUACGUCAUGUUGCAGUUAUCGCCAUGCAACCCAUGCUGGAUGGCCACUUUACUAUGGAAGAACUACUUAACCUAAUCGAGACUAGAAAACCCACUUUCUGGGGUAAGAUGGGUAAAGCUUUCAAGAAUGAUGGCAAGAAGACAGCCGUCAAGAAGAAGGGCGUCUUCGGGAUACCACUUGAUGUUAUCGUCGAAAAGGAUGGUGCCGAGUCGACAGAUGGUGUUGGUCCUGGAGCUCUCAAGAUUCCUGCUCUCGUCGAUGAUGCAAUUGCUGCAAUGAGAAAGAUGGAUCUUUCAGUUGAGGGUGUCUUCAGAAAGAAUGGUAAUAUCAGAAAGCUUAAUGAAACCGUUAAGGAAAUCGAUAGUGGAGGGUGUGAUGCUGUAGAUUUGAGUCGACAAAAUGUCGUUCAAGUCGCUGCUCUACUCAAGAAAUAUCUCCGAGAUUUACCGGAUCCUUUAUUGACGUUCAAGCUCCACAAUUUAUUCAUCGCUUCGCAAAAGAUUGCCGAUGAAGAUAAGAGGCGUCGAGUAUUACAUCUAACAUGUUGUUUGCUUCCAAAGGUACACAGGGAUUGUUUGGAAAUUCUCUGUUCCUUCUUCAACUGGGUUGCAUCUUUCCAUCAAGUCGAUGAAGAAUCUGGAUCAAAGAUGGAUACUCAUAAUCUUGCCACUGUCAUCGCACCGAAUAUUAUAUACACGAAUGCUAAAUCUCCUGUCGAUGAUAAUUUCCUUGCAAUCGAGGUCGUUCACACACUCAUUGAGUGUAACGAGCAAAUGUGUGAAGUGCCAGAAGAUCUCCAAUCAAUAUUGAAUGACCCCGUUCUCUUCAAUAACACAUCCGAUAUCACAACCAAAGAAAUUCUUAAACGCUAUGGCGAUAUUAGUGCUUCCGGUGGUGCAAGACAUACGGUCGAAACGACUGAAGCCACUGGUCAUAGAGAUGGGAAUGGAAGACCGUUAGCUCCAAUGGUCACGAGAGUAGAUGUUGAUCCGGCGAAUAAUGCUUGGCAAAAAGAAAGUUCUGUGAGGCAUGUGCAGGAUGCCCAGGUUGGCGGGCAAGGGAAUCAGAAUAUGAACCCGAAUCGAGAGUGGCAAGGUGGUGAAGGGGUAGAGUUGCAACAUCCACCACAGAUUUAUAGAGAGGAAAGGACUAGGACGCCGGAUUUGGGGAAUAUUAAUGGACAUGGGCAUGGUGGGGAGAGGAGUGGGGAUAGGGAAAGGGGGGAUAGGAGGGAAUAUAGAAAUUCUAAUAGUGGGUGGGGACCAGGGAGACCGCCUCAGAAUGGUGGGGUAGGAGUUACGGGAGCGGGAUGA